CCAACCACCAUAAAACGCGGUCCAAUUGUCCCCAAUAUAACCCAUCACCUUCCUCUAGGGUUCCAUGCCUCAUUUCUUCCCGCAUCUCUUUCUUCUUCUCUCUUUUUCUUUCUCACCCUUUUCAUUUUUUUGAUUCCUCUUUCUUUUGUUUUCUUUAAUUUCAACCAAAAAAUAAAAUUUGUUUUUUAGGUCAAAAAUUCAAUUUUUGAGAAAAGGGUCAUUGAAAAAUUUGUGAAAUUCAGCAUUUUGAAAUCUGGGUAUUGUAAUUGAAGGUGGAAAGUUUCAAAAUUUGUGAAAUUUUAUGUGAGAAUGCCCGCUACGGACUAUCAAGGUUCGUCUCCUUCAUCGUUAACAAAUUUUGGCCGUUCAAUUCUAAGCUUUCGUCGUGAACAGAUUCAUUCAAUGGAAGGUUCAACCUUGGAGAUUGAGCUUGAUUCAUUUCAACAACAUGUUACUGAUCGUUUUGUUGAUCUUUCAUCUGUUCCUCAUGAUGAAUUGCUUUCACUCAAAUGGGUUGGGAAGAUGCUUGAUUGCUUCCUCAUUUGUCAAGAGGAGUUUAAAGCCAUUCUUCAUACUCACAAAGGCCAGGUUGUGAGACCACCUUUGGAUCGAAUGGUUUCGGAGUAUUUUGAAAGGAGUGUGAAGGCUUUGGAUGUCUGUAACGCCAUUCGUGACGGCGUUGAACAGAUUCGUGUUUGGCAGAAACUGUUGGAGAUUGUUCUUUAUGCAUUGGAUCAUCAGAGGAGUAUUGGUGAAGGACAAUUUCGUAGAGCGAAGAAAGCUCUAAUUGAUUUGUCAAUCAGUAUGCUUGAUGAUGGUAAGGAAUCCAAUGCUUCUGUUGCACACAGGAAUCGAUCUUUUGGCCGCAGCAAUGGUGGUAGAGAUAGAGAUCACCAUCAACAUGGCAACAGUCAUAGCAAUAACAAUAUUAACACCUAUCAGCAUCGGUCUAUGGGGCAAUUUAGAUCACUUUCGUGGAGUGUUUCUCGUACUUGGUCUGCUGCUAGACAGCUCCAAGCAAUUGGGAACAACAUUAAUCCUCCAAGAGCAAAUGAUCUUAUGGCAACUAAUGGUCUUGCAAUGUCGGUGUAUACCAUGAAUUCGGUAUUGUUGUUUGUUAUGUGGGCUCUUGUGGCUGCAAUUCCAUGCCAAGACCGUGGAUUGAAUGUGCAUUUCAGCAUUCCAAGGAGUUACACUUGGGCUAUUCCUUUGCUCUUACUUCAUGAGAGGAUCAUGGAGGAGUCCAAGAAGCGUGACAGGAAGAAUGCUUGUGGCUUGCUUAGAGAGAUUCAACAGAUUGAGAAAUGUGUCAGGGUGAUGAGUGAUUUGGUUGAUUCAGCGCACUUUCCAUUAACCGAGGAGAAGGAAGGUGAAGUUAGACAGAAAGUUCAUGAGGUUUCAAAAGUUUGUGAUGCUUUGAAGGAUGGGCUUGAUCCUUUGGAGCGACAAGUAAGGGAAGUUUUUCAUAGAAUUGUGCGCAGCAAAACAGAAGGGCUUGAUUCUCUUGGUAGGCCAAACAAUGAGUAACUUGUGAUGAAAUUUAGAAUUUGUGAUAACAUUAUAGUUUGAUUUUGCUUUCAUAGAAAUAGGAAAACUACAAAAGGUGCAAAGGAUUGUAUAUGGAGAUUGUUGAUUUUAGUAAGUUUAUUUCAAGAGUUAAGUUAAGUGGUAAGGGGGAGGAUUCUUGUACUUAAAAAACCAUGUGAAAUAUUAUUUGCUUUUCCCCCCUUUAGUUUUUAUCUUGAGAUUUUGCUUUGUAUAAUCAAUCUCCUCUUUAACUUGCUGCAUCCUCAUUGUAGUUGAUUUUGUUUAUGAAUAUCUAUUAGAUAAAUCUUUUGGUUCACAUACUUA